UUUAGCUGUGAAUCCUCAGAGACAACAGGUUGUCACUCUGUCAACACACACAGUUAGCUUUCCUCUUUGCUUCCAAUUCCAGAGAUGUCUGAGGGAAGAGGCAGUGCAAUUGCAGUAGCCCUUGUAUGCCUAGUGCUAAUUAGUCAGUGGGUGGCUAGUGAUGGUGCAACUUACACAGUUGGAGGGGCUGGUGGUUGGACCUUCAAUUUGAGCAACUGGCCUAAAGGAAAGAGCUUUAAGGCAGGCGAUGUUCUUGUGUUCAACUAUGAUCCCACAGCCCACAAUGUGGUUGCAGUGGACAGGGGAGGCUAUGGCAGCUGCACAACUCCGGCAAGUGCAAAGGUCUAUAAAACGGGGAUGGACAGGAUAAGUCUGGCUAAGGGACCGAAUUACUUCAUAUGCAACUUUCCAGGGCACUGUCAGUCUGGGAUGAAGAUUGCUGUCAAUGCUUCUUAAUAAUGUGAUCAUAUAUAUGUUAUGUGAAUUUAGCAGACAUACAUAAAGCUAUAUCUACUACUACUACUACUACCUCUUCUCUGUAAUGAUAAUGAAAUAAAAAGAGUCCUAGCUAGCAUGUGUAAACUAAUACUGUAGGUUUGUUGCCUGCUGUUGUUGAUGUUGCUGGUGUGUGCUUGAUUAGUUGUUAUAUAUUUGUAAGUUACUCAUUUUUAUUCUACUAUGAGUGUGCCUUGCCUUGGAGUCUUGUGAACAAAA